AUGUCGACCGACAGCAGCAGCUUCAAGGAUCGCGAGGCCGCGCUCCUGCGCGAACUCUCGGCGUUGUACACGAAACUGAACGAAGUGCGAGACAAGCGCGUGAAAGAAGAGUCCGAGAGCGGCACAGGAAGCGCGAGUGCCAGCGCCAGUACCGAAAACGGCGUCAAAGGCGCGAGACGCCGUCGCCGCGUGCUGCUCGUGACGCGGACGCUGCCGUUCUGGCUCGUGUCGGAGGACGCGCAGUCCCAAUGGCGCGCCGAGUUUCGCGCGCACGCGAGUCUCAAUGGAGCCAUGGAGCUCUUCCAGGCGCUGCACGACAGCUACGACUGUGUGUGGAUCGGCUCGGUGCACGGCGAGAUCGAGCCAAGCGAACAGAACACGCUAAAGGAGCAGUUGCUGCAAGAUCGCAAGUACUACCCCGUGUUUCUCGAUGAGAAGCGCGAGAAAUUGUACUAUCAGGGCUUUUGCAAGACGGUCUUGUGGCCGCUAUUCCACUCGUGUCCACCCACAACGGACGACCAGAUCGCGCAGCAUGAGAUGAUGGAAGAUGGACAGGAAGAUGACUGGAGUAUGGAGAAGAUGUGGCAAGCUUAUGUUGCCGCGAAUCAGGCGUUUGCCGAUGCUGUGCAAGAAGUGUACGAAGAAGGCGACUUGGUCUGGAUCCAGGGAUACCACUUGACGCUGGUGCCGCAAAUGGUGCGGAACCUGUUCCCGAACGACAAGAUUUGUCUCGGGUUCUUCAUGCACGUGCCGUUUCCGUCGGCUGAGUUGUACCGGAUUUUGAACAAUCGAGAGGAGAUUUUGGCGGGCAUGUUGGCUGCCGAUCUGAUUGGCUUUCAGACGUCGGAGUACGCUCGACAUUUUCAAAGCGCGUGUGUUCGCAUUUUAGGACUGGAAAGCAGUCACAAGGGCGUGGACUUUAACGGACAUUUUGCGCGCGUCUUCGUUUGUCCAGUCGGGAUCGACGUCGACAAGUACACUGCGAUGAUGCAAUCGGAAGCAGUUCAGGAGCAAAUGAAGCAAUUGAAAAGCCAAUUUUCAGGGAAGAAAGUGAUCCUUGGCGUGGACCAAUUGGACCAAACAAAAGGACUCGUGCACAAAUUGUUGGCAGUCGAAGAGUUGUUCAUCCAGAAACCGGCGCUUGCAAAGAACAUGGUCUUUUUGCAGAUUGUGACGGGCGCAACGGUAUUUGAGUCAGCGUUAGAGUCUCAGGUUGAGUCUCUUGUGUCUCGUAUCAACAGCAAGUUGCAAGACAUUGGUACUGAAGGCCCUGUGCAGUAUUUGCAUAAAGAGAUUGCUGUCGAGGCUCUAAUCGCGCUGUACGCAUUGGCUGACGCGCUGUUGAUCACACCUAUCCGCGACGGUAUGAACACGAUUCCAUUUGGAUACAUAGUUUGCCGUGAAGCCACGAAGAAGCCUGCUCGCUUGAUUCUGAGCGAUUUUGCAGGCUGUGCGCAGCCGUUAAGCAAAGCGCGAAUUGUUAACCCGUGGAAUACUCUGGACGUUACAAGUGCGUUGCUAGAGUCCCUCCAAGACAGUGAUGAAGUGGUGAGUGCUCACCAGCACAUGUUCCGAUACGUGAGUUCCUUCACCUCGCGGCAUUGGGCAGAUACCUUCCUGGACCAGCUUGACGAGCGUCGUGAAGAAAGCGCGGUUUCGGUGUCCGGGCGUGAGCUGAGUCGUCGGGAUAUGACCUCAGCUUACUCACGGUCGUCACGUCGAUUGAUUGUUAUUAACUACGAAGGUGUGCUUGCAGUUGAGGCGUCGAUUCCGGAACUGGCUUACCCACCACAAGAACUCAUCUGGCAGCUGUCUAUGCUUACGAAUGAUCCACGCAAUGCUGUUGUUCUUGUGAGUGCGCGUAGUACGUCAGUCUGCGACCAGUGGUUUGCUGAGCUUUCAGGGAAUAUCAUUCUCGCAGCAGAGUAUGGCGUGUACGUGAAAUGGUCGGGAGACAAGGAAUGUUGGCACUGCAUGGUGCCUGAUAUGGAUACAAGUUGGUGGGAACACGUCGUACCGUUGCUCGAGUACUACACCGAGCGUACUCCUGGUGCGUACAUCGAGCGAAAAGAUAGUUCGGUGGCGUGGCAUUACCGUGAUUGCGAUUUGGAUCACGGGAUAUGGCAAGCGAGUGAGCUCUUGGUCUCCCUGCGUGAGAUCACGAGGUAUCUCCCGGUGUCCGUGUAUCCAGGCAAUCGGUAUCUGGAGGUGCGACCGCAGAAGGUCAGCAAAGCUGCACUGUUUGAGCGCAUAUGGGAAUUCAUGAAUUGGUCGUCGCUGUUUCCUCACAAGGACCCAGUCACGACAGACUAUUUUGGAGUACCGGUAUACCCACCUCCGUCUCCGAUGAUGAGGCCGCGUGGACAUCAAAGUGAACUGCCUGACGAGUGCGAUCUAGGAGCACCGGUUCCUGCGGGUUCUCAGCUCACAGGGUCUGGUGGAGAUCGGAAGGAUACAGGGACUCACGUCGUUGUGAGCGAUGCGGUGGCGCCGGGUCAAGUGGAAGGAGGAGAUGCGACGCAGCCGGUUGAUUUUGUUCUCGUGAUCGCAUCGGGUGACGACCGAACCGAUGAGGAUUUGUUUGCAUUCCUUAUUCCUCCGCCAAUUGAUCUCGAAGCGUAUUCCCGACAACUCGAAAACGACGGUACCUCUGACGCGCAUCGGAGUGUUGUCCAAGAUGAGGAGUACAACGGAAAAGAAACAGGUCCAUCGUGUCUCGGCCCUGUCAUUGAUGACUCGCCCAACAAGACAUUCCAGCGACUGUUAGAGCGAGACGGAGGAUCCACAUCGCUUGAUAACGCAUCUGGAAAGCGAGGGUCAUCACUAGCUCGGCUAUCUUCGCUACAAAAUGUUGCGGAACCAGCGAUGCUGGGAAAAGAUAUGACAAAGACGACAUCGCGUGCCGACCCUCCGACCCCGGAAGGUGGCGCCAAGAUGUUUCCAGUGUCGACGCACAACCGAUCGUAUAAUGCGCUUCGGAGCGAAAUUGCUGAGAGAAGCAAAGUAACUAGUCGUGACUUUCCACCGUCAGCUGCUUUGUUCAAGGCGAUGAAGGCGAAGUACGGCGAGAGUGUAGGCCUUCACCGACUUCCGGAUACUGUGGCGGCCUGUUGGGCACUUGUUUGCCCGCCUACCGCGCCUCUGAAACCAAAGAAGGGUGUUAAACCAGAGGACGAUAGUCGGCUGGCGUCAAUGGAAGAGAAGAUUUCCACUACUGAGAAUAUAGUGGCAACUCAAGGCUCGAAGGGUUCGGCAGCGGGUGGUGGUGUUAUAAUAAACACGUCAGCCAGCAGCGGAUCAGCCGAUUGCCAGUCUAAUGGUAAUGACGGCGGUGAGAACUAUGGCAACCCAUCGAGAAGUAGCCAAGGCGAGCGUCAAGACAUGGAACUCUGUGAUGGAAAAGCAGCGGGGCAAAGUGAAGUACCUGUUAGCCUAACGGCGUCCAUGUCUGUGGAUGAUGUGGAUGAUGGCCGCUACCGUUUCCCUGUCAACACGUUUGUUUGCACACUCGGCCGCAAAGUCUCUCAGGCGCCAUACUACAUCAAGAACUCGGGCGAUUUAUUCCAACUGGUGCAAGAGAUGGGCAUGAGCAGCCAUAUUCGAAAGCAGCGCAUGCUCUCGGUGGACAGCACUGGACGUAACUAG